GGAGUGUCUUUCAAUGAGAGUGUAUACAAGGAAGGCUCACUAGCAACGCUUGUACUUAGUCCACUGCUUUAGUCUCGAAAAGAUCAAGCUUGGCUCACUGUCGUUAUGGCGCAUUCAAAUACGUUCCGCAAUAGGCUGCGCCAACGAUUCAAUCGCUUUCGAGAUUCACGUGUUGGCUUACCACAGGACACCCAAACAAGACCAAGUCUUACGACCAAUCCAAGAUCAUCUUCGCAGUCCGAGGCACGCACUGCCGGCUUGUUGUCUCUCAACGAAGAAGCGGGUGAUGGCCAUCGGGAGUCAGCCAACACUGUGAAUGAUGAGGGUCAAGUUCAAGCCAGUCAGAGCUCUCACCAUCGGAGCAGUCUUGAACGGACCUUGAAUCCCAACCAGUCGACUCUUUCGGGCGACAAUGGCGACGUUAUUGUGUCUUCAGACCUUUGGAGUGCAGCAUAUCGUGAGGCAGUUGAGAAUCUUGGAGAGGACAUAGACAUUGCUAUUUUACAGGGAAAGAACGUCGCACAGCUAUUCAGAAAACUCGAAGAGACUGAGAAAGAUGUAAGCCAGGAGUCCACUUUCUUGAGGGGUGUGAGGUUCUUGCAUUCUUUACAAGUACCUCUUGAGAGAUUCAAGCUAGCGUUGGAUCUGGCAAGUCCGCUGGCAAGCAUUGAACCAACUGCAACGACAGUUGUUGGUGUGGUCAGAAGUGUGACUGCGAUUGCUAUCAGCAUCGCAACUGCUGAUGUGGACUUCGCGCAGCAAAUUGCGGAAAUGCUACAGCGACUUUCCUACAUUGACGACUGUGACACGCUCGGCCAGAAAACGGGUAGGAAAGAUAUUCACAAGGCACUCGUACUGGUGUACCAAAAGAUCUUGGAGUUCUAUCAAGCUGCAUAUGACAUAUUGACCAGAAAAGGAGCGAGAUUGAUAAUGAAAAUGAUCUUGGAGACUGACCGCCUUCCAAACAUCAUCCAAGACUUCAUAAAGUAUUCAGAUAUUCUCCGAAACCUUGUGCAAAAAGCAACAUGGGAGGUCGUGGAGGACAUCAAAUCCAUGCUCUACGAUCAUGAAAUUUCCAGAUGGCUAGGUGGUGACAAGAUGAGCCGCCAGACUCAAUACCAUUCGUACCUGCAGGAUCUUCGAGAUGAUCAGGCUUGUGAAUUCUUGCUGAAAAAUACCAACUUCAUUAACUGGUAUCUCGCCCCCGAUUCUCAGCAGCUGGUGAUCCUGGGCGAUAUGGGCAGCGGAAAGACUGUCUCUAUGGCAUUUCUCAUAGACGAGCUGAGUCGAAGAAAUCAGCAUCAGCUACCUCAGCCCAAGAUAUGCUAUUACUAUUGCCGGGAUGACGAGACAGGUAAGGCUAUCUACAUAGUCUCUGCUCUGGUUCUAUCCCUGCUCGAGCAGCUCCCGGGCCUGAAAAAGCCCUUCUUCCAGUGGUACAAGCAGGCUCAGGCUUCUGGUAUAUUCGAUCCAGCAACAAGCAUCAAGAAGCUAGAAGAGUUCCUGGAGGGGCUUGUGGACGGAAUUGAUCGUCCAGUCUUUGUCAUUAUCGACGGUCUGGAUGAGUUUCACAGCGCAUCUCGAAAUACUCUUCUCAGGUUAUUGAAAACUUUAUCGCAAAAGAUUCCGGGAUUCAAAACUAUACUGUCUUCCCGUCCUGAGGAAGAGAUCUUGGAGCAGCUGGACGGCAUGGCUAGAAUCGAACUAGGCUCUGACGCUCAGCGAGAUGCCAUUAUCGUUGAGACGACAGUUCAAAGGCAAUUGUUUUAUCUAUCAGCAAAUGUCAAGGCACUCGUCAUAGAGAGACUAUCUCGCUUAGCGCAAGGAAGCGCUAUAUGGACGAAGAUGAUCGUCGAGCUUAUCGAAGUCCGCAAAAUCAAAGCACUCGAUCCGAUGCGUGGCUUUCUGGAAAAAAUACCCUUGCCUAAACAGCUCUCAGAGCUCUACGUGACGCUGUUUUCUCGUUGCACUUCCAAUGAUCCCGAAAAUAUAGAGCUUGCCAGUACAGCUCUGAAACUGCUCGCCGGCACACACAGGCCUCUUAGUAUACUGGAGCUCGCCUGGGCCGCUACUUUGGGCGCAGCUCCACGCACUACCACCAUUGACGCUCUUGCUGAGCUGGUAGAUCAUCAAAGGGUUAUGAGCCUUAUUCAUCCAUUCAUCGCUCGCGUCGAUUUCAGUGACCUGAAGAAGCGCCAGGUUCGGCUCGUACACCAAUCGGUGAAGGAGUUUAUUAUCAAAGAAUGGACUUGUAGUCUUAUGGGUCCCGCCUUGACAGAAACUGACAAGGUUGGUUCGAGUCUAGAGGCACUGGUAUUGGAUAUUUGCAUCAGAUAUCUUCUCCUGGAUGAUAUUGGCAAGAAAGACCUGUUCUCCGAGGAGCAAGUGGCAAUCGCAGAGCUACCUCAAGAAUUUGACCUGUUCAACGAUGAUGACGAACCGGCCGAUUACGAUCCAUAUUGCACGUGGCAGUCGUGGGAAGAAAAUAUGACUCGCUACGAUCCAGCUGAGCGUGGCUUUGGUGAGUUCUUCGCCUACGCAGCGUGCUAUUGGCUAGAGCAUUACGGCGCCAGCACAGUCAACCCGCUUCCAAGCUUAGCAAGUAUCGAGGAUCUAUGCCACGCGGGCUCGACUCGACUUCGCAAUUGGAUCCAACAGAAUCCUCGCCCAGACUGCGUGAUCACGGCUAGAUUCGAAUUUGACAGCAGGUUGUAUGAUCCCCUCAGCAUCACUUCGCUCUAUGGAUCAGAAGCCAUGCUACGCGACAUGCUUGAGAAUUCGGACUUUGACACGGACAAGUAUCUUCGAAACCCGGCUAUGGGGGCCGCUGACCAGAUUUUCCUAUGGGGCGACGUAUCAAGACUCGGGCUACUCUUCCUGAAUGCUAAAAUCGGCCCUCAACUGCAAACUCUGGAGUUUUUUGACCUUGUCAUAAGAAGAUGGUCUGACCCCGUCCUAUCACGGCACAACCAUAAUUGGGAUCUUGUAUUCGACCUCGUCGAUCACAUAUCUGAUAAAUUGGUCCAGGAACAAUGGGGAAACGAGCUCUUGUAUAUGGCUGUCGGUGCAGGAUGCACGCCCCUGAUCCGGCGGCUAAUGACGAGCGCACAGAAUAAGCCAGAGCUUAGGAGUGAGUUGCUCCGUGAGGUUCGAUCCGAAGGAACAAAAACGUUUCAACACAUGACGGACCAAUUGCAUCAAUCGAUCGGAUAGGCCGUCUGGGGAAACCACAUUGAUGUGGUAGAAUACUACUCCCUGUCGGAAGAGCUACUUUUACAUAGGUAGUAAUCGUGGUAAUUUCAAUCCCCGUUUCGCUCCUGUGAGGAACGAUGAUAAUCAUUCCUUUGCGCGCGGUUGUGCAGGUUGGUGAUGUAGACAAUGUGUGUGAUCUCUUAAGUACUCCGAGAUGGCAACAUGAAUCAAAUCCACUUUCAGCUCUGACCUGUGACAGCGAGGGUGGAAUGCGGUUGAGAGAUAGAUAGAAGCCCUGAAAACGAGGAGAAUAUGCCAUAGAUUUUUACAAUUGCUCUGUUCAAUAUUGUCAAGAUAGCGUCAACGUGUUAGUUUAGAAAAAGAGAUGCUUUUAAUAGUAAUUCGUUUCAAC